AUGUCAAAAGAGAAAUCUGAUCAACUGGCUGCUGAGCCCCCUGUCGUCCAUAUUCCUGAGCCCACUGUCGUCAGUAUUCCUGAGCCCCCUGUCGUUCAUAUUCCUGUUCAGGGAGACGACGAGCUGCUGAGAGAAAAUGCUCCUACUCACUGGUAUGACAGCUUUGUUCGUAUGGUCAACUGGUAUCCUAAACAUAUUUCCAAGGACGAAAGAAGACUGCUGAUAAAGGUAGAUUUUGUUCUCCUGUCGUAUGUGUGUAUCUCAUAUUUCUGCAAAGCUCUUGAAAAGUCCAAUAUCACCAAUGCCUAUGUGUCGGGCAUGAAGGAAGAUAUUGAUUUCGGUGGUAAUGAUUUGUCAUAUGCCAAGUCGUUGUAUUCGGCUGGUUAUAUUGUCAGUAUGUGUCUUGGUACUAUGUUUGUGACUCGAGACUGGGCUCGUUUGAUGCUGCCUGUACUUGAAAUCACUUGGGGUGUUCUUUCUGCCUGUGAAUCUGCUGUUACGAACUCGUCGCAAAUGUUUGCCCUUCGUUUUCUUAUCGGUUUUGCAGAGGGUCCUAUUUUCCCGUCUGUGUUGUAUAUUAUUGGCAGUUGGUAUAACCGUGAUGAGAGGUAUAGAAGAAUCAUGGCCUUUUCUGUGUCGUCUUCGCUCGGAGGAAUGUUUUCUGGAUACUUGCAAUCUGCUGCUUAUGGACAUUUACAAGGUGUAGGGGGACAUACCGGCUGGCAAUGGGGUUUUAUUAUCGAUGGAGCUGUUAUUGCUAUUCCACUGGGUGUUAUUGGUAUAUUCAUUUUCCCAGGAACUCCUCAACAAGCCAAGAAUGUAUGGUGGCUCAAGAAAAGUGAUAUUCAACUGGCUGUGGAUCGAACUAUCAGAAACGGAGUUGCUACACCUACAAAACUGAAUUGGAGUAUUGUCAAGAGAACGCUCCUCCGUUGGCACGUUCAUUUCUUUGCAACUUUCUGGGUACUACUCAACAUCGUAGCACUUCCUGACGGUACUGGAUUCCCACUGUGGCUGAAGUCGCAAUCUCCCGAACGAUUCUCUGUCGCACAAGUCAAUAAUUACCCGACUAUUGCUUCUGCUGUAGGAGUCGUCGCACAAUUUCUGAUUGCUGGAUUUGCCGACUCGUACCCUGUAUACCCUUUUCUAUCACUCUGUCAAGUACUUUUCAUCAUCUCGUACUCGAGUUUGGCUGCUUGGGAUAUUCCUGACGGAUGGAGAUGGGUGUGUUUCCUGAUUGUGGGUUUUGACGGAGUCAACCAAAUGCUUGUUUCCGGCUGGAUCAACGAUGUCACUAAAGCAGAUGCCGAAGAGCGAGCAUUUGUUCUUGGCUACUCCGACGCAGUCUCCCAAGCAAUCAAUAUCUGGACCAACAUUGUAUUUUUCCCGACCGAAGAUGCUCCCAAGUUCCAUCUCGGCUACAUCAUCUCCACGGUAGGAGCCAUUCUCAUGCUGUUCCUGCCCAUCCUCGGCUACUUCGGCGAACGCUGGGACAAGAAACACAACUACGGACUCGGCAGCGAAGUCCUCGUCGAGCGCUCCACCGGCAAAAUCGAAGCCACCACCAGUAUCGCCCCGUCCUCCGCCCUCGACCCGUCCUCCUCACUCGAGCACGAACCCCCUGCCUACUCUGCCACCCAAUAG